AUGGUCUUCUGCUGCACCCGUAACUCAGCUGUCACAACGGCUAAAGAGCUUGUCAAGGUGUGGAAUUCGACCAACCCACCGGCCCGCCUUUGGAAAGGUCCAGGCAAACGACUCUCAAUCAGCAACGAUGAUCUCAAAGCCACCACGGCCGCAGGGGUUGCAUUUCAUCAUGCUGGCCUCAGUGCUGCUGAUAGACUUGCAGUGGAGAAGGGUUUCCUGGAUGGUCAAGUGAAUGUGAUAUGCUGCACUUCCACACUCGCCGUUGGCGUAAACCUACCCUGCCAGCUGGUGAUCAUCAAAAACACAGUGUGCUGGCAGGAUGGCGGAUGGAAGCAGUAUUCAGACCUCGAGAUGAUGCAAAUGUUGGGUCGUGCUGGGCGACCACAAUUUGAUGACACGGCGACAGCCGUUAUUCUUACACGCAAAGACCGAGUUGCUCACUAUGAACGCCUGAUCUCUGGAUCCGAAAGUCUUGAGAGUUGCUUGCAUCUCAAUCUGAUUGAGCAUUUGAACGCGGAGAUUGGCCUUGGAAUUGUGUCAGACAUCCUGACGGCGAUCAAAUGGCUCUCAAGUACCUUCCUUUUCGUGCGACUUCGUCGAAACCCAGGGCAUUAUAAGCUCCAAAACGGCAAUAGCCAAGACGACAAAGAGGCCUUGCUGAAACAGAUUUGUGAAAAAGAUCUCGAGCUCUUGCGACAGAGCGGACUUGUGGACACAAAGAAGACGUGCACAACUGCGUACGGGGAUGCGAUGGCUCGAUACUAUGUCCGCUUCGAGACAAUGAAGAAGAUUGUGUCUUUGAAGACGAAAAGUGACAUUCACGAUAUAUACCUGCGUAUUUUCACCGCGAGGAUCGAGCCCGAAGUUCCGGCAGAGUUUGUUCUUUCUGAAGAUGAAGACGUAGAUGUUAUUGAUCCCAGCUUAGAAGACAGCUUCGUCACCUCCAACUCCGGCGCAUCUCAUCUCAUGACUCCAGGCCCCGAGGCCCCGAAUCUCAUGGCUUCCAACACGCAGACUUCCAACACAGAGGCUUUCAUUCAUGGGAGUCUCAGUUGUGAUGCUCCCCUGCGUGCGGCCUGGGUCGGUAGUCCUUUCACGGCUCUCAAUACAGAGGCUUCCCGUGUCGAGGAUCCUGGCUUCGCAUACCAGAAUACGGAAAGCUCCAGCAUCGAGGGCUCGACUGGUGAUUCUCCUACUCCUCCCCUGCGCUCCGGUAGUCCAGUACCUUCCUUGGCUAGCAUAUUCUGGGGUCCUUAUCCUGAAGAUGCACUAGGCUCCCAAGCCAGCCGAACAUCCUCGAUGAGUGGAUUCCAGUGGGCUGUACUUUCCAACGGUGCUGUUCAAGGAGUCGAUUACCCACCUGUUGUCCCAAUUGCCGAACCGUUCUCGAACCCAUUCUCUGAGCCAGCGCGCUGGAACUCAAGCACUCAUGGCAAUAGACUGCCACGAUCGAAUAGGGCGGUGACAUUCGACUUAUCGCCCGCGACAGGCACACAGAGAACGUCACCAGCGGCAUCAAUCCAACACCGUAUGCCCUCACCCCACUUGCAGGCUGCAUCGUCUGUGCAGGAGGCGACUCCAAUUGGACAGCAGGUGGCGUCACUCGAAGAGCAAGCGGCGCCUCUCGAACAGCCAGCGGCGCCUCUCGAGCAGCCAGCGGCAACAAGCGAACAACAGGCGGAUCCCUCGGCCCGGGCCGCACCAGAUUCGGCCGCUCAACAGACUGCAGACGGCAAAUCCGUGGUCAUCGAGCACAACCCUCAGGUUGCGCGGACCCUUCUUCCGAAUGGAAGAUUGUCCUGUGUUCAUGUCUGUCGUGCAAACUCGGAAUGCACCCAUAGAUGCUGCAAGGAAGGGGCCAAGCAAUGGUGGAGAUCCAAGAGGUCUAGGCCGCGAAAGGAGUCCAAGAUCGCCGGCAAGACCAACCCAGGACAAGAGGACUCACAGAAUGAUUCUUCUCAAGCAGCAUCGGCUCAGCUGCCCGAGGAAUCGACACUCGACGCCUCUGUGGCACAGCGCGCAGUUGAAACUGCCGCGAGGUACGCCUCGGCCGGGGGCCAGAUGACCAGUGUGCCUUCCGUUCCUCUCGCUUCCUCACAGCGAGCGACAAAUCGUUUCUCUUCCGAGCAGGGACGAAUGACCUUGCUUCCGAGCGAGCCGGCUUCCUGUCCAGAAAGGGCCGGUUCCUCUCCUCCCCGAGCUGCGACUCGCGAGGAGGAGGAGACUGAGAUUACCGAGAUGCAGGAGAUUAUCUCGGAAUAUCUUUUGUCUCCUUGUGAAAGAGAGGAAACUGCCACCUUCUUGGAGAGCUCCGAGGAUGAGUUGACGGAUACGGCAAUGGACUUGAGUGGGUGA